CCCGGGUGCCCACAAGGGAGCCGCUACGGCAGGGAAUCCGGGGUGCACCCGACAGCCGGGCCGGGGUGGGGGCGCUCAGGGCUGCGAGGCUUCAGGCCGGCCGCCGCCCCAGCCUCCGAGACCCUGCGUCCUGGGGAGCCGGCGGGCAGGUGGGCUCGGCCGCGCUGUGGGUGCCUGGGACCCGCGGGGAGGAUGGGCGCGGUGGCGCGGCCUGGCGGGGGGCUCGUCUCCGGGGUCCCUGGGUCCUGGUGAGAGCGGGGUCCCUCGACGCCGUGGCGGUCUCCAGCCUCUCCUCGCCCCUCCACGCUCCCCGCCUUCCAUGAGCUGCUAUUUUCAGCACCUACCGCCCGACCCUGGACGAGGACAAGGCUCCGGGCUGCCCUGCCCGCCUCCCAGCCCUUCCCUCGGGCACGGCGGCCAGGCGCCCGGGUUGACCGGGAACAGCCUCCAUACCCCAAACGCGGAGGCGCCUCGGGAAGGCGAGGUGGGCAAGUUCAAUGCCAAGCGUGACGGGGGAACUGUGCCCCGGGCCCUCAGGUGAUAUAGGAGUUAAGAAGAAAUUAUUUAGGCAACCGGAUGUGGUGACUCAGGCCUGUAACCCCAGCACUUUGGGAGGCCGAGGGUGGAUCACCUGUCCUUAAUUUUCUUGGCGCCAGAAGAUGAAUUGAGUAUUUACCCAGACAACAACGUCAUCGCUUCAGAGGGAGGGAUGCAGAACGCAGGGCCACGGGGCGCAGGCUGCAGGCCAGUGAACCCCAACGCCAAAGGCCAGGGAGAGCCAGGUGGGGUACCCAGAGCCAGCACACAGCCCUUUAAUUUAGAGGAGUGCUGUGUACACAUUUGGGGAGAGACGUUUUACUUUGAUUUGGAAUCAGGUGGCGGAUAAGGCAUACUGAGGCCUGAGUUGGUGAGGGCUCCUGCCCCGGAGGUGCGGCCCUGGAGGAGCGGGAGGCGGAGGAGUGGAAAAUUCAUGAAGAAAACUGGGUGUGGUGUAGGUCGAGGCCCUGCCCUCAGUAAUGCUCACCAUUUGUCAGUGUUUACGGUGAGGCAGCACUGUGUUCAAUAUCGCUGAGUUCUCAGGAAGGAACAGUAAAUACUUCCCGGGUCAUUCUUUCACCCACGGGAAAACAGGUUUGGAGAGAUCUGGGAUAGUGCUCUGGUCCCAGGCAGGAAGGGCUGAGUGGGGCCUGGGACUCAGGUCUGACUGCAAACACCUGCCUCUUCCCUGUGCUGCCAGCGCCUUCCGGGUUCCUCCCUGUCCCUCCUUUGUGGUCUUUGUUUUCCUUUUUUUGUCUUAAUAUGUUUCAACGGAUGUAUACAAUAAACCGCACAUAAAAGGUACAGCUGGAUACAUUUUGACCCAUUUAUAUGGGUCAAAAUAAAUGGAUCAAAAUGUAUCCAGUCUUGGAUACAUCUUGACCCAGUCAAGAUGAUGAACACAGCUGCCACCCCAGGAGUCUGUCCUGCCCCACUGGUUAUGCUGUCUUAGUUGGUCUCAUGUCAGGGAGCCUUGGAGGACCAGGGACUGGGCAGUUGGUCUCUAUACUCCUGGGGUUCUGGCACUGGCUCUGGCCCAUGACCGCACCCAAGACAAACGUCUUGAAGACUAAGAGGUUAGGUCUUUGAGAAACCUGGCAAAUGAGUGCCCAUUCUCAGGUUACCCAUAUUCUGCAUGUUGAUUUAGUCAUCCAACCAAUGUUGGUUGAACACUGAUGAGAACAAGCAGGCCUGUGCUAGAAGGUGCCUGCAGCCAGGAGCUGGUGAGCUGGUGUCCUUAGGGACACCAAUGGCGAGGGACCCAGUGUGUGGAAAUCUGGGGGAUGAGCAUGCCAGGGAGAAGAGCUCACAUGGGGAAGGCCCGGCUCCACAAAUCAGUCAGGCUUGUUGGGGCGGGCAGGAGAGCAGGGUGGUGGAGUCAGAGGGAGUGAUCCCCCGAAAGGCAGGAAGAGGACAUGAGAGAGCCUUGGAGAUGACGGUGAGGAAGUGGUUGGUGGGCGGUGAGCUGGGUGUCAUGUGCUGGCUCCUUAGAGAAUGCUCAGCUCCUUCACACCCAUCAUAAUCCCUGGAGGACUGAGACCACGUGCAGGAGUUUUGGAAGCUGGCAGUGCACCCAGUCCUGGCUCUCCUCCAUUCUGGUGGGUCUCACCAGAGAUUGGCCAAGAAGAGAUCAAACGGUUCCUGGACCAAACUGAGGGUGGGGCUGCUAUCUCUCGCGGCCCAAUAACGAGAUGCAGAUGAACUGGGGAGAAAGAGAGUUUUUAUUUCUGUAACCAGUUACAAGGAGAAGACCUGGAAAUUAUCUCCAGACCAACUCAAAAUUACAAAGUUUUCCAGAGCUUAUAUACCUUCUAAGCUAUAUGUCUAUGUGUAAGUGUGCAUUCAUCUCAAGACGUAAGUAAUUGACUUAUGUUAAUCUAUAACUAAGGUCUGAGUCCUGAAGACCUUCCUCUGGAUCCUCAGUAAAUUUACUUAAUCUAAAACCCUUAUCUUGUCUCCUAAAUCAUGGGGGUUUGGGAAGUUCCUUCAGACCCCCAGUAAACUUAUUUGUGGAGUCCUGGGGAAUUUCUUCAGACCCCCAAUAAAACUUGUUUAAUCCUAAAUGGGUCCUGUUAAGAAUUCCUUCGUUAUUUUGUCAUGCUUGAAGGCCCAGGAAAGGUCUAGGCAAAACUCUUGGUGGGAUUUUGUUACAUUCCAGCCUUUUUAUAAGGGCACUGGCUUUUAAUAUUUAAUUUAACCACUCAGUCAGUACUGAAACAGUUGUUAGGGAGGCCUGCGUUAGUGAGACCUGACCUGCCACAAAACAUCUUACUCGGAAUGCUGCCCAUAACUUCAAAAAAUCAGCUCUGACGGAGCCCUACUGAACACACUUAGCAUCUCUCUUCCUUCAGCUUAGGGUCAAGGGGCUGGGGUUAAUGGCACCGUUAAAAGAAACAGCUUUAUUGCCGUGUCAUUGAUAUGCCAUAAAAUUCACCUGUUUCAAAUGAAUUAUUUUCAGUUUGUUUACAGAGUUGUGAAAUAAAUUUUAUAACUUUUCCAUCCCCAGCCCACCAAAACUCCCUGGAACUCCUCCGCAGUCAUUCCCCAUUCCCACCUGGCCUCAGACAAUCACUUUCUUUCUCUCCAGUUUUGCCUUUUCUGGACAGUUCCUAUGAACGGAGUCCUAUGUUACAUGGUCUUUUGCAUCUGACUUCCUUCACUUAGAAUAAUGAUUCCGAGAUUCAUGUAUGUUGUAGUAUGUAUCAGUAUUUAAUUCCUUUUUAUUACUGAAUAAUCCAUUGUACAGAUAGACCACAUUUUGUUUAUCCAUUCAUCAGCUGAAGGACAUUUGGGCUGUUUCUGCUUUUUUAGCUAUUUUAAACGGCACGCAGCACUGCUAUGAACAUUUGUGUACAAGACUUUGUGUGAACAUGUUUUCAUUUCUCUUGGGUUGAUACCCAGCAGUGGAAUUGCUGGGUCAUACAGGAAGUCUGUAUUUAACAUUUUAAGAAACUAGCAAACUGUUUUCCAAAGUGACUGCCCCAUUUUACAUUCCCAUCAGCAGUGUAUAACGGUUCUAAUUUUCUUUUUCUUUUUCUUUUCUUGAGACAAGGUUUUGCUUUGUCACCCAGGCUGGAGUGCAGUGGCAUGAUCUUGGCUCACUGCAGCCUCAAUCUCUUGGGCUCAAUUGGUCUUCCCACCUCAGCCUCCUGAGUAGCUGGGACUACAGGUGAGUACCACCACAUCCAGCUAAUUUUUGUAUUUUUGGUAGAGAUGGGGUUUUGCCAUGUUGCCCAGGCUGUUCUCAAACUCCUGGGCUCAAGUGAUCUGCCCACCUCAGCCUCCCCAAGUCCUGGGAUUAUAGGUGUGAGCCGCUGCGCCUGGCUGAGGGUUCCACUGUCUGUACGUCUGCAGCAAUACAUACCAUUCUUGUGGGUAAAAGGUGGUAUCUCGUUAUAGUUUUGAUUUGCAUUUCCCCAAGGACAAAUGAUGGCAAGUGGCUUUUCUUGUGCUUUUUAGCCAUUUGUAUAUGUUUUUGGUGAGAUGCCUGUUGAAAUGUUUUGCCUUUUUAAAAAUUGAGUUGUCUCCUUUGUUCAGUUUUGAGAGUUCUUUACAUAUACUGAAUACACAGUAUCUCAUAUAUAUACACCAGAUAUAUGAUUUGCAAAUAUUUUCAACCAUUAAUAGUUUGUCUUAGCACUUUUUUAUUGGUGUUUUGAAGUACAAAAGUUUAACAUUUUGGUCCGUUCCAAUUUAUUAACUUUUUCUUUUAUUGGGCAUCUGGUAUCAUAUCUAAGAAAUCUUAAUCCAGUGUCACAAAGAUUUAAUCUUAUAUUUUCUUCUAACCGCUUUCUAGUUUAUGUGUAAGAAUCUGUCCAUUUUACCUAAGUUGCGUAAUUUGUUGGCAAACAGUUGUUCAUAGUAUUUCCUUGAAAUCCUUUUAAUCUCUGUAAGAUUGGAAUUGCUGUCUCCUCUUUUAGUCCUGAUUUUAGUUAUUUGUGUUCUCUGUCUCUCUGGUCAAUGUAGCUAAAGCUUUGUCAAUUCUCUUGAUCUUUUCAGAGAACUGACAUUUGAUAUUUUUUUACUUUAUCUUUUUCUUUCUGUUCUCUAGUUCAUUGGUUUCCACUCUAAUAUUUAUUAAUUUCCCUUCUUCUCACUUUGGGUUUAAUUUGUUCUGUCUUUUCUUAUUGUAGUUACUUACAAUGGAAGCUUACACACUGAUUUAAGACUUUUUUUCUAAUUUACAGCUAUAAAUUUCCCUUGAAACACACCUUUAGUUGUAUCUCAUAAAUUUUGGUAUGUUGUGUUUACAUUUUCAUUCAGCUCAGAGUAUCUUUUGAUUUUCUUCUUUGACCCAUUGCUUGUUUAGAAGUGUGUUGUUUAAUUUCUAUGUAUUUAUAGAUUUCCCAAAUUUCUUUUGUUAAUUUCUAAUUUCAUUCCCCUGUGGUUAGAGAAGAAACUCUGUGGAUAUCAGUCCUUUUGAAUUUCUCAGAUUUGUUUUAUGGUCCAGCAUAUGAUUGACCUUGGACACUGUUCCAUGUGCACUUGAGGAGAACGUGACUUCUGCUCUUGCCAGGUGGAGUGUUCUAGAGAUGUCAGUUGGUGUCCAGUGAUGUCAAGUCAUUUGUAUCUACUGAUUUUCUUUCUAAUUAUUCUAUCCAUUAUUGAGAGUGGGGUAGGAUUUUGUGUCCAAUUAUUGUUUUUGUUGUUUUUUUUGUUUGUUUGUUUGUUUGUUUUGAGGUGGAGUCUCACUUUGUCACCCAGGCUGGAGUGCAGUGGUAUGAUCACAGCUCACUGCAGCCCUCACCUCCCAAGGCUUAGGUCACCGCAGCCUCCUGAGUAGCUGCAACUACAGGCAAGCACCAUCAUGCCUAGCUGAUUUUUGCAUUUUUUGUAGACAGGGUUUUGCCAUGUUACUUAGGCUGGUCACGAACUCCUGGGCUCAAGUGACCCACCCACCUCGGCCUCCCAAAGUGCUGGGAUUACAAGCGUGAGUCACCAUGCCCGGCCCAACCAUUACUGGUGAAUUGACUGUUUCACCCUUCAAUUCUGUGAGUUUUUGCUUCAUGUAUUGCUGCAGGAUAAUUAAGGGAUCAGAGAGACCAAUGGGGUUGAGGAGGAAUUAUUUAAUUAUUUAGGUGCACCGACCCAAUCAGAUUAACAUCCAAAGGACCGAGCCCCAAACAAAGAGUCAAGCUACCUUUUAAGCAUUUUGUGGGGUGGGGGGAGAUUUGUGCAGGGAGAAGAGUAUUACAGAAGCGAGAAACAAAGACAGUUAUUCAGUAAGACAUGCAUUACAUCAUUUCUUACUUUUCAAGGAACACCACGUUUUAUGACUCAAGAUUAUCUGUUUAGUGACCUUGCAGCUGCACAGCUAGAGAAACAGAGUCUUCGCAAUGCCUGGGAAAGGGAGAGAUAAGGCUCACUAGCCACAGAAAAACAGCCAGUUAAUUUUUAAAGGACUCCAGCCCUUUCUCUUCCUCAAGGGGAAUUGGUUUUUUACAUGCAACUGAGUUUUUGCUUACGCAGUUUUUAAUUUCUUUUAAUUCCUGUUCUAGUAUUUUGGGGGUAGGUUGUCAGGUAUGUAUAUAUUUCUGUUUGUUAUAUUUUCCUGAUGUAUUCACUUUAUAUCAUGGCAGAAUGUUUCUCUUUAGUAAGAUUUUUGAUCUUAAAAAAGUUGGCCAGAUGUGGUGGCUCAUGCCUGUAAUCCCAGCACUUUGGGAGGCCAAGGUAGGUGGAUCACCUGAGGUCAGGAGUUCAAGACUAGCCUGGCGAACAUGGUGAAACCCCGUCUCUACUAAAAAUACAGAAAAAUUAGCCAGCCGUGAUGGUGUGCGCCUGUAAUCCCAGCUACUUGGGAGGCUGAGGCACGAGAAUUGCUUGAACUCGGGAGGCUGAGGUUACAGUCAGCCAAGAUCGUGCCACUGCACUCCAACCUGGGUGAUAGAGUGAGACUCUGUGUCAAAAAAACAAAAAAAUUAGUCUGAUGUUAGCAUUUCUCCUCAAGCUCCCUUACGGUUGUUUGCAUAGCAAAUCUACUAUCCUUUUGCUUUGACCUAUUUGUAUCUUUGUUUCUAAAGUAUGUAUGUCUCUCACAGGCAGCAUAUAGUCAAAGCUUAAAAAAAAAAAAAUCCAGUCUAAUGAUCUCUGCCUUUUGAUUGGCAUGUUCAUUCUAUUCCCAUUCAAUGUUAUUAUUGCUGUGGCUGGAUUUCCAUCUAUCAGUUCACAAUUUGUUUUCUGUGUUUUAUGCCUUUUUGUUCUUCUGUUCAUCUUUUACUACCUUCUUUUGUAUUAAGUAUUUUCUAGUGUAGCAUUUAAAUUCCCUUUUUCUUUUUAAGUGUAUAUUUUAAAGUUAUUUUGUUAGUGUUUGCUCCAGGGAUUACAAUAUGCAUUUUAAUUUAUCAGGAUCUACUUCAGAUUAAUACUAAUUUUAGUAAAAUACAGGAACUUGACUCCAGUAUAACUCCAUUUCCUCCCUCCUUGCUUGUGGUUUGUAGUAUUAUUGUCGUAUAUGUUCAUCUAUAUAUGUUAUAAACUCAACAACAUGGUGUUAUAAUUAUUGUUUCACACAAUCUUAUUUCUUUUCAAUUCAGUAAGACAAGUAAGGAGAAAAACACUUUUCAAGUCUUUUAUAUUACACUGUAUGUUUAUCACUGACUUUACUCUUGAUUUCUUCCUGUAUAUUCAAGUUAUUGUCUGGUGACCUUUCCUUGCUCCAGUAUAUAUAAUAACUUCAUUGCUUCCUUGCUCCUUUAUGCUAUUAUUGUCAUAUAUAUUAUAUAUGUUUAUGCUGUGAGCCCAUCAGCUAAGUCAGCUUAGCAAGGUCUCAAGGUACAAAGUCAAUGAAUAAAUCAGGCUGGGUGUGGUGGCUCACACCUGCAAUCCCAGCACUUUGGGAGGCCAAGAUAGGUAGAUCACUUGAGGCCAGGAGUUUGAGAGCAGCCUGGCCCACAUGGCAAGACUCCCUCUUUACAAAAAUACAAAAAAAAAAAAGUUGAGUGUGGUGGUGUGCCUGUAAUCCCACCUACUUGGGAGGCUGAGGCAUGAGAAUUGCUUGAACCCAGGAGGGAGAGGUUGCAGUGACUGGAGAUCACACCACUGCACUCCAGACUGGGCAACAGGGCAAGACUCAGUCUAAAAAAAAAAAAAAAGAAAAAGAAAAACAAGAAUAAAUCAAUUAUUUUUCUAUAAUACUUGCCACAAUCAAUUGAACCAUGAAAAAUUUUAAAUACCAUUUACAGUAGCAUCAUAAAACAUGAAAUAUUUAGAGAAUAAUUUACCAAAUUAGGAGAAAUGUCUAUACAAUUAAAACUGCAAUAUAAACCAGGCACCAUGGCUCAUGCCUGUAAUCCCAGCACUUUGGGAGGCCAAGGUGGCCAGAUCACUUGAGCCCAGAAGUUUGAGACCAGCCUGGGUGACAUAGUGAGACCCUGUCUCUACAAAAAAAAAAAAAAAUUAGCUGGGCAUGGUGGCAUGCACCUGUAGCCCCUGCUACUCAGGAGGCUGAGGUGAGAGGAUGACUUGAGCCCAGUAGGCAGAGAUUGCAGUGCAUUCCAGCCUGGGCUACACAGCAAGACCCUGACAAAAAAAAAAAAAGAAAAGAGAAAGAAAAAGAAGGUCACGAAAAAACAGAAAACUGCAAAACAUUGAUGACAAAAAUUAAAGAAGACAUAAAUAAAUGGAGAAAUAUACCAUGCUCAUGGAUUGGAAGACUUACACUGCUAAACUGUCACUUCUCCCCAGAUGGAUCUACAGAGUCCACAUAAUCUCACUUAAAACUCCAGAAGAAAUUUUUGUAAAGUUGACAGCUGAUUCUAAAAUUUUACAUAGAAAUGCAAAGGUCUCCGAAUAGUCAAAACAAUUAGAAAAAGAAAAACAAAGUUGGAAGACUUACUUUCCAGGCUGGAUUUCAAGGUGGACUACACAGCUACAGUAAUCAGAAUAGGUUGAUAUUAGGAUAGACAGAUCAAUGGAACAGAAUGCAGAGUUUAGAAAUAGACCCACACAGAAAUAGUCCAUUGAUUUUUUAAUAGUUGCUUUUUGAUAAGGGUGCUAAGGUAAUGUGAUAGAGAAAGGAAAGUGUUUUCAAUUCAAAUGGCUGAAAUGACUGGAUAUCCAUUGAGGGAAGAAUGGGACUUUAGCCUUUCACACAAUACACAAACAUUAUGGAAUUCUGAAGAAAAUAAGAGAAAAUGUCCAUGAACUUGGGGUAGGCAAAAAUUUAAUAGAUGAGGCAAAAAAAAAAGGCCCAAACCAUAAAAAUGGUUUCAUUUUUAUAAGGAUAAAUUAGAGUUUAUAAAAAUUAACACUUCCCUUCAAAAGAAAAAUUAAGGAAAAAUGAAUAAAUAAGCCACAGACUGAGAGAAAAUAUUUGUUUUCUAAGAAGUAUUUUGUUUUUCAUUUUAUGGGUUCAUAGUAGGUGUAUAUAUUUAUGGGGUCCCUGAGAUAUUGUGGUUCAGUCAUACAAUGGAAAAUUCACAUCAUGGAGAACUGGUAUCCAUCCUCUUGAGCAAUUAUCCUUUGUGUUACAAACAAUCCAACUAUACUCUUUUAGUUAUUUUUAUUCUUUUUUUUCUUUUUUGAGACGGAGUCUCACUCUGUCACCCAGGCUGGAGUGCGGUGGCACCAUCUCAGCUCACUGCAACCUCCGCCUCCCAGGUUUAAGUGAUUCUCCUGCCUCAGUUUCCUGAGUAGCUGGGACUACAGGCACCCACCACCACGCCCGGCUAGUUUUUGUAUUUUUAAACUUUUUUUUUCUUUUUUCUCUUAUUUGAGAUGGAGUCUUGCUCAUCUCAUUACAAACAAUCCAACUCUACUCUUUUAGUUAUUUUUAUUCUUUUUUUUUUUUUUUGAGAUGGAGUCUCACUGUCACCCAGGCUGGAGUGCAGUGGUGCAAUCUUGGCUCACUGCAACCUCCGUCUCCCAGGUUCAGGAGAUUCUCCUGCCUCAGCCUCCCAAGUAGUUGGGAUUACAGGCAUGCACCACCACACCCAGCUAAUUUUUUGUAUUUUUAGUAGAGACAGGAUUUCACCAUGUUGGUCAGGCUAGACUCGAAUGCCUGACCUCAUGAUCCACCCACCUCGGCUUCCCAAAGUGCUGGGGUUACAGGCGUGAGCCACCACGCCUGGCCUUAGUUUUUGUAUUUUUAGUAGAGAUGAGGUUUCACCAUGUUGGCCAGGCUGGUCUUGAACUCCUGAUCUCAGGUGAUCCACCUGCCUCGGCCUCCCAAAGUGCUGAGAUUACAGGCGUGAGCCACUGUGCCCGACCUCUCUUUUAGUUAUUUUAAAAUGUACAAUUAAAUUAUUAUUGACUAUAGUCUCCCUGCUAUGCUAUCAAAUACUGGGUGUUAUUCAUUCUUUCUAUUUAUUUAUACACAUUAACCAUCCCUACAUACCCUCCCACCCCUGCCACUACCCUUCCAAGUCUCUGCGAACCAUCCUUCUAUUCUCUAUCUCCAUGAGUUUAAUUGUUUUGAUGUUUUGAUACUACAGAUAAGUGAGAACAUGCAGUGUCUGUCUCUCUGUGCCUGGCGAGAAAAUAUUUGUAAUAUUUGUAUUUGGCAAAGGACUUGUAUCCAAAAUAUAGAAAUAAAUUCUGCUCAAUAAUAAAAAGAGAAACAACUUAAUUUAAAAUGAGACCCAGUGCCUACAAAAAGUAGAAUAAUUAGCCGGGCAUGUUGGUGCAUGUCUGUAGUCCCACCUAAUCAGGAGGCUGAGGGGGAAAGAUCGCUUAAGCCCAGGAGUUCGAGGUUGCAGCGAGCUGUGAUCGUGCCACUGCACUCCAGCCUGGGUGACAGAGUAAGAUCCCGUCUCUAAAAAAAAUAAAAAUAAAGGGCCGGGUGAGGUGGCUUAUGCCUGUAAUCCCAGCACAUUGGGAGGCUGAGGCAGGUGGAUCGCUUAAGCCCAGGAGUUCAAGACCAGCCUGGGCAACAUGGUGAAACCCCAUCUCUACCAAAACCACAAAAAAUCGGCUAGAUGUGGUGCAUGCCUAUAGUCCCAGCUACUCAAAAGGCUGAGGUGGGAGGAUCACCUGAGCCCAGGAAGUCGAGGCUGCAGUGAGCCGUGAUCAUGCCACCACACUCCAGCCUGGGCAACUGGAGUGGGACCAUGCCCCCCAAAAUAUAUAUAUAUAAGUAAAUAAAUAAAUAAUAAAAUGAGCUAAAGAUCUGGACAGGCUUCAUGAGAAGCAAGCAAAUGGCCAAUAAAUACAUGAAAAGAUGAUUUACCUCCUUAGUCAUUGGACACACUUAGAUAGCACUCCUCAUCCACUAGCAUGGCUAAAGGAUAAAAGAGUGACCAUCAAGUGUUGGCAAGGACUGUGGUUCUCGUACAUUCCUGGCGGGAAUGGAAAAUUCAGUCACCACUUUGGAACACAGUUUGGCAGUUUCUUACAAAGUUAAACAUACACUUACCAUAUGACCCAUCUUUUCCAUUCCUUGGUAUUGACUCAAGGGAAAUGAAAACACAGGUCCACAAAUACCUGCGCAUGUGUGUUUACAGAAGCUUUGUUGCUAGUGGCCCCGAACAGUGAAAAAACCAAAGUGUCUGACAAUAGGAGACAGAAUAAAUGAAUUGUGGCGGAUUAACAAUGGCGUGCUUCUCGGCAAUGAAAAGAACGAACAAUUGAUACACGUGACAAUAUAGGUGAAUCUUCAAAACAGCAUGCGGUGUGAUGCGGCCAGACAUAAAAGAGCAUGUAUCAGAUGAUUCCGUGUAUGGGAAACGCCAGGGAAUCAUAUCCAUGGUUGCCAGGGUCGGGAGGGACCUUACUGGGGUGAUGAAAAUGUGUAUAUGUUGUUUGGGGUGGUGAUUACAUGUGUACAUACAUUGUGUGAAACUCAUCAAAACCGUAUACCUAAAGUGGGUACAUUUUAUUGGAUGUAAGUUAUCCCUCAAAUUAAAUUAAUUUUCAAAGUUUUAAAAAAUGGAACCAUUUUUGCCAAAUUGAAGGAAAAUUAUUUCCACCAAGAUUUCCCUACAGCCAAACGAUCUACCAACUACAAAAAUGGAAAAAAUAAUUUAGGACAUGUAAAGUUCAAAUGUUUUGCCUCCCACGUUUCUGUUUCAAGAAGCUAUUCGAGAUAAAUCGCUCCAUGGUCACAGGACUUAGAAAGGUGGAGGUAAACACACACAAGCAUUAUAAGAUAAGAAGUAACAGAUGAAUUAGUUGAAAGGGACUGAUUUCGGGGGAAGGAAUAGGAACUGGGCCAGGAGAUAGACGCCUUUCAGGCUUGCCCUUGUGAAAAUGAUAGUCCCCUCUUACCUGCGGGAGAUAGGUUCUGAGAUCCCCAGUGGAUGUCUGAAACCACAGAUAGUACCAAACCCUACAGAGAGUAUGUUUUCUCCUAUACACACAUACCUAUGAUAGGGUUUAAUUUAUAAAUUAGGCACAGGGUGGGAUUAACAACCAUAAUUAAUAAUAAAAUAGAACAAUUAUAACAAUAUACUGUCCGAGGUGGGUGGAUCACUUGAAGUCAGGAGAUCGAGACCAGCCUGGCCAACAUGGUGAAACCUGUCUCUACUAAAAAUACAAAAAAUUAGCCAGGCAUGCUGGUGGGCGCCUGUAAACCCAGCUACUCGGGAGGCUGAGGGAGGAGAAUUGCUUGAACCCGGGAGGCGGAGGCUGUAGUAAGCCGAAGGUGCCCCUUUGCGCUCCAGCCUGGGCAACGAGCGAAACUCCAUCUCAAAAACAACAACAAAACAACAACAACAACAACAAAAACAAUAUACUGUAAUAAAGGUUACGUGAAUGUGGUCUCUCUAAAAAAAUAUAUGUGUAUAUAUCUUAGUUUGUGGGUUGUUGUUGUUUUGUUUAUUUUUAAGAGACAGGGUCUUGCUCUGUCACCCAGGCUGGAGUGCAGUGGUGCGAUCAUGGCUCACUGCAGCCUUCACCUCCUAGGCUCAAGUGAUCCUUCCACCUCAGCCUCCUGGGACCAGAGGCAUGCACCACUAUGCCCAGCUAAUUGUUGUUGUUGUUUUUUUUUUCUUGAUAAAAAUGAGUUCUCACUAUGUUGUCCAGGCUGGUCUAGAACUCCUGGCUUCCAGCAAUUCUGCUGGCUCAGCCUCCCAAAGUCCUGGGAUUAUAAGCAUGAGCCACGACGCCUGUCCUCAAAAUAUUUUACUGUACUGUACUCACCUAUUAUUGGCCUUUGGUUGACGAUGGGUAACUGAAACUCCAGCAAGCGAAGGUGUGGAUAAGGGAACUACUGUACAUGACUUUAAUAUACAUAAAAUCACCUUAAAAGAAAGACAAUGAUUGUUUCCAGAGCAUGAGCCUCUGAGACAGCAGGGAGAUACUAGGGGAAGUUGGUGGCUCCUCUUCCUGGCAGGAACUGGUCUGGGCUCCUGGCUCAGCCUGGCCAUGAGGCUGUCCUGGCCUCCCUCGGUGGGUUCGACAGUGACCUCGAUGUGCUCAUUUCGGUGUGGUUCAUUCCGGUCUCCCAGGGGAAGGGGGUGCUGAGUGGAAGGAGGUCACUGGGAAGCCGGGGUGGCUCUCAGAGUCUGCAGGAGCAGUCGGGCUGAUGAGCUGGGAGAAGCAGACCGCCUCCCUCUUCUCUGAGUGGGAGGAGGGCCAGAUCUGGACUGGGUUUGGAGAUGCUCAGGUGGGGCUCAGAGCAUCACCUGUGGGGCAGAGGGACCAUCUUGGCAGAUGAAGGCCCGUCGCAGGGUGUGAUGCCUGAAUUACAAGGCAGGACAGGUAAAGUGGGCAGGUGAGAGAAGGAGGGUGAGUAAUGUGAUUUUUCUACUCCUGUUUUCCAGGAAAACCAAAAUGCUACACACCUCUACCUAUGAUCCUUUUCCUAAUAAUGCUUGUCUUGGUCUUGUUUGGGUAAGACACAUUUGACCAUCGAGGCUGGCCUGGUUUGGGGAGAAGUGACCACAGCAGCCAAUCAGACCCAUGGGGCCUCCCUGAGCUCCCCAAGUAUCACAGUCAUCAGGGUCCUAAGGACAGUUGUUGCCUGCGUCCAGCUCUGGCGGAGGUUACGGGGUCCUAAGCCCCAGAAGUCUAAUGCCAGGAAGCCUGGAACGGGGGUUCUGCAUGGCUGUUACGGAACCUGACCGUCUGCAGCGCGUCUCGUUGCCAAGGAUGGUCUACGCCCAGCCAAAGGUGCUGACACCGUGUAGGAAGGAUGUCCUCGUGGUGACCCCUUGGCUGGCUCCCAUUGUCUGGGAGGGCACGUUCAACAUCGACAUCCUCAACGAGCAGUUCAGGCUCCAGAACACCACCAUUGGGUUAACUGUGUUUGCCAUCAAAAAAUACGUGGCUUUCCUGAAGCUGUUCCUGGAGACGGCAGAGAAGCACUUCAUGGUGGGCCACCGUGUCCACUACUAUGUCUUCACCGACCAGCCGGCCGCGGUGCCCCGCGUGACGCUGGGGACCGGUCGGCAGCUGUCGGUGCUGGAGGUGCGCGCCUACAAGCGCUGGCAGGACGUGUCCAUGCGCCGCAUGGAGAUGAUCAGUGACUUCUGCGAGCGGCGCUUCCUCAGCGAGGUGGAUUACCUGGUGUGCGUGGACGUGGACAUGGAGUUCCGCGACCACGUGGGCGUGGAGAUCCUGACUCCGCUGUUCGGCACCCUGCACCCCGGCUUCUAUGGAAGCAGCCGGGAGGCCUUCACCUACGAGCGCCGGCCCCAGUCCCAGGCCUACAUCCCCAAGGACGAGGGCGAUUUCUACUACAUGGGGGCGUUCUUCGGGGGGUCGGUGCAAGAGGUGCAGCGGCUCACCAGGGCCUGCCACCAGGCCAUGAUGGUCGACCAGGCCAACGGCAUCGAGGCCGUGUGGCACGACGAGAGCCACCUGAACAAGUACCUGCUGCGCCACAAACCCACCAAGGUGCUCUCCCCCGAGUACUUGUGGGACCAGCAGCUGCUGGGCUGGCCCACCGUCCUGAGGAAGCUGAGGUUCACUGCGGUGCCCAAGAACCACCAGGCGGUCCGGAACCCGUGAGCGGCUGCCAGGGGCUCUGGGAGGGCUGCCAGCAGCCCCGUCCCCCUCCCGCCCUUGGUUUUAGCAGAACGGGUAAACUCUGUUCUCUUUGUCCGUCCUGUUGUGAGUAACUGAAGCCUAGGCCCCGUCCCCACCUCAAAUCACACACACCCCCUCCCCGCCACAGAGACACCAUUACAUACACAGACACACACAGAAAGACACACACAGACACAAAAUCACACACACACCCUCCCCGCCACAGAGACACACCAUUACAUACACAGACACACACAGAAAGACACAGACACAAAAUCACACACACACCCUCCCCACCACAGAGACACACCAUUACAUACACAGACACACACAGACACACAAUCACAGAUACCCCCUUCCGGCCACAGAAACACACCGUUACACACACAUACACAGAAAGACACACACAGACACACAAUCACACGCAGCCCCUCCCCGCCACAGAGACACACCAUUACAUACACAGACACACACAGAAAGACACACACAGACACAAAAUCACACACACACCCUCCCCGCCACAGAGACACACCAUUACAUACACAGACACACACAGACACACAAUCACACACAGCCCCUCCCCGCCACAGAGACACACCAUUACAUACACAGACACACACAGAUACCCCCUCCUGGCCAUAGAGACACACCGUUAAACACACAUACACAGAAAGACACACACAGACACACAAUCACACACAACCCCUCCCUGCCACAGAGACACACCAUUACAUACACAGACACACAGACACACAAUCACACACACCCCCCCGCCACAGAGACACACCAUUACAUACACAGACAUACACACACACACAUACACAGACACACACACAGACACACAAUCACACACACCCCCUCCCCGCCACAGAGACACACCAUUACACACACAGACACACACAGAAAGACACAAAUACACACAAUCACACACACCCUCUUCCUGCUACAGAGACGCACCAUUACAUACACAGACCCAGAUACACAGACACACAGAGACACAGACACACAAACAUAGACACACACACACAGACACACACCAGACACGCAAAGACACACAGACACAGAUACACAGAUACAAAGACACAGACAUAUAGACACACAGACAUGCACAGAGACACAUGGAGACACAUGCAAAAAUGCACAGAGAAAGACAUACAGAAGUGUACACACAGACACAUAGACCACACAGACACACAGACAUGCAUGCAAACACACAGACAUGCAGACAUACACACAAACACAGACGCACGCACACAGACUUAGGCAGCCCAAAUUCAGCGCCUGGGGCAUAAGUUCCUGGAGGGGUGGCCACUUUCAGCCCCCACAGUAAGGUCCUGAGGAACCUUCCCCUUAGACAAGGGAUCAUGGAGGAGGUCUCUUCCGGAGCCUGGAGGGAGGCCUCAAGUGGUCCUUCCACCUCGGCAUCCCAAAGUGCUAGGAUUAUAAGCAUGAGCCACUGCACCUGGCCCCAACAUCAUUUAUUGAACAGACUGUCGUUUCCACAUUGUGUUUCUUGGCAUUUCUGUCAAAAAUCAGUUGACCGUAAAUGCAUGGAUUCACUUCCGGGCUCUCUAUUCUGUUUCAUUGGUCUGUUUGUUUUUAUGCCAAUACCAUGCUGUUUUGAUUAUUAUAGCUUUAUAGUAUAUUUUGAAGUUAGGUAGUAGGUAGUGUAUUGUCUCCAGCUUUGUUCUUUCUGCUUAAGAUUGCUUUGGCUAUUUAGGGGUCUUUGUGGCCAUUACUGACAGUUAAAAUGGCCCUGGCUCAUGUCUCCUGGGCCUCUACAGUACUUUAGGUGGGGAAGUACUGUGGCCCACAUGUCCCAACAGGCUGUGUGUGGCACCUGACAGUGCUUUGUGCCACUGUGGAGCAGGUGUUACUCCCUCAUACGAAUUUUAGGAUUAUUUUAUUUAUUUCAGUGAAAAAUGUCAAUGAAAUUUUGAUAGGGAUUGCAUUGAAUCUGUAGAUUGUUUGGGGUUGUAUGGACAUUUUAACAAUAUUAAUUCUUCCAAUUUAUGAACAUGGGAUGUCUUUUUUUUGGCACCUGAUCUCAGAUAUGGGACAGCUUUCUAAUUAUUUGUAUCUUCAAUUUCUUUCACAAAUGUUUUAUAGUUUUCAGCAUACAGAUCUUUCACUUCCUUGGUUGGAUUUAUUUGCAAGUAUUUUUUGUAGCUAUUGUAAAUGACAUUGUUUUCUUGAUUUCUUUGUUAGGGUAUAGAAAUGCGACAGAUUGUUGUAUGUUAAUUUUAUAUCCUGCAACUUUACUGAUUUCAUUUAUUCUAACAUCUUAUUGGUGGAAUCUUUAGGGUUUUCUAUAAGAUCAUGUCAUCUGUAAACAGGGACAAUUUAAGUUCUUCCUUUCCAAUUUGGAUACCUUUCAUUUCUUCCUCUUGCCUAAUUAUUUUGGCUGAGGGCCAACUUGU